AAGGUAGUUAAGAUAGUUUCGUGUGAGUUUGAAUUCAGAGUUCUGUACAAUAAAAACACAAGCUAACUACAAAGCCCAAACUGGGUUGUCUAAUGUAUAUGUAAUUAUACAACUCUGUAAUAAGUCUAUUGUAAAACUUUUGGUUCUUGAGAAUUAGAUAUGGGUAAAGUGAUUCAGUUGUGUUUGACUUGUAGUGGACUUUUUCUUGUGCUACUGCUUCCUAGUGCUAUGGGUUGGGGAAAGGAAGGACAUUUUGCAAUCUGUAAAAUUGCCCAGGGAUUACUUAAUAAAGAGACACUGGCUGCAGUGAGGGCAUUGCUCCCAGAUUAUGCAGAUGGUGAUCUAGCAGCUGUGUGCUCCUGGGCUGAUGAGGUUCGAUUUCAUAUGCGCUGGAGUAGCCCAUUACAUUAUGUGGACACACCUGAUUUCAGGUGUAACUAUAAAUACUGUAGAGAUUGCCACGAUACUGUUGGACGGAAAGACCGGUGUGUUACUGGAGCAAUUUACAACUAUACAGAGCAACUUUUAUUGGGUGUUCAUGACUUGAAUUCUGAAAAAAAUAACAACUUGACGGAGGCACUUAUGUUCUUAUCACAUUUCAUUGGUGAUGUCCAUCAGCCUCUACAUGUUGGCUUUCUUGGCGAUGAAGGAGGAAACACAAUCACCGUCCGCUGGUAUCGGAGGAAAACCAAUUUACAUCAUGUAUGGGAUACUAUGAUAAUAGAUUCCUCCUUGAAGACCUUCUACAAUUCAGAUCUUUCUAACCUAAUUCAAGCUAUUCAGAGCAAUAUUACGGGUGUCUGGUUUAUGGACAGCUUAUCUUGGAGAAAUUGCACUGCUGAUCAUGUGGUUUGUCCAGAUCCGUAUGCUUCUGAAAGCAUUGAGUUGGCCUGCAAGUUUGCUUACAGAAAUGCCACACCGGGGACUACUUUAGGAGAUGAUUACUUCCUCUCUCGGUUGCCUGUUGUGGAGAAGAGGCUCGCACAGGCUGGGGUGCGGUUGGCUGCUACACUUAACCGAAUCUUCACGUCAACCCCCAUCAAUGUCACAAAAUUGAAUGUGCUCAAUGGAGAUCAUAGAACCAGUUAUAGUACUGAAAUAAUGUAAGACCUCUACUUCUACAUUCACUUCAAAUUAAGUAUACAAACUUUCCUGAUUUCAGUUCUAUCUCCAUGUAUAAUAUAUCUUAGUAUAUCAGGAUAAUGUCUUGGUUGGACUUCAUUCAAAGUGAAGUGUUUCACAGCAGUUGUAUUCCCAUAUUAUAUAUUUAUUUAUUUAUGUUUACCUGA